GAUUUGCCUUCCUGAAGGAUUGCUUUAGGUUCCUUGGAGGAGGGAUUGGUAGUGAACUAAAGUGAGGUAGUUAUAGUAAAAUCUGUAACUCGGGAUCCCAGAACCAGGAUGAGCUGGGCUGAGGUAGUCAGGAGGUGGAUUGGCAGGACUGACUUAAAGUGGCCUUUGUUUUUUCUGGAUGUUAAAAUCCUAAGGCUAAGUCCGUAUGGUUUGGAAUGUGGUUUGUAGAAGGUUGGGAAGUUCAAGUAGGGAGCAUACCUCAGAUUGUUCCAUUUACCAUGGAAGUAUUAACUUGCACAUGAUCUUGUACAGCUGCUUCCUACCAUGAAAAUGUCUUUGAGCUCAUGCAUUUGUAAGGCAUGGCAACUGGGUGAAGAGAAGGAAUUCCUUUAGAGAGCAUCUGAAGCCCAGUCAGAUGUGGAAAGCACAGUAGGGUCUCAGAAACAUGAAGGCCUUCAGACUUGCCUACUAAUACUGCCACUUGUAUUAGAUAACCAAGCAAAAGAUGAGCCUCCUUUAUGGACUGCAGUCUACCAGGAGAAAUCAGUUUCUCUCUGGAGUGAAUAACCUGGCCAUCAGGAGGCAGUGGACCCCACCAGCAAGCUGUCCACUGGCACCACGGCUCCGAGCAGUAAACACAUACUGGGGACUGAACACAUACUGGGGUCAUUGUCAUUCAGUGACCUUACUGCCCAGAGACUUUCUUUUCUGUAGGACUCUCAAUAACAAAAAAUCAAGAUGCCUCUCAAGUGUCCAAAGCAAGGAAAUGGGGGUGCUUACCUACAGAUGUACUGUGUGGGGUGAUUCUGUUCUAAGACAAGGAGCAAGGAAAGUGGCGGGCGUUCCUGCUCUUGGAGUCUCCUGUUCUCCAAACUGUCCUGCCCGGAGUUUCCGCACGUCUGCACGGGUUCAGGCUGCCCCAGUCCCUCUCUUGCUGCUUAUUCUGAAACCAGUGCAAAAGCUCCUUGCUAUCAUCGUGGGCAGGGGCAUAAGGAAAUGGUGGCAAGCACUUCCCCCUAACAAGAAGGAGCUAUUUAAAGACAGCGUGAGGAAGAACAAGUGGAGGCUGCUUCUUGGUCUGAGUGCAUUUGGACUGCUCUUUGUAGUGUUUUAUUUCACUCACCUGGAAGUGAGCCCUGUCACCGGAAGGAGCAAACUACUGUUAGUGGGCAAAGAACACUUCAGGCUUCUGUCAGACCUGGAAUAUGAAGUAUGGAUGGAAGAAUUUAAAAAUAAUCUGCUGCCUGAGAGAGACCCGCGAUACCUGACUGUCAAAGAAGUGGUUUUUCAUCUGACACAAUGCAAUCAGGACGUCCCAGGGAUCUCGGACAUCAACUGGGUGAUUCACGUGGUUGACUCCCCAGCCGUCAAUGCCUUUGUGCUCCCAAAUGGACAAGUGUUUGUUUUCACCGGGCUCCUGAAUAGUGUGACUGACCUGCACCAGCUGUCCUUCCUCCUGGGCCAUGAGAUCGCACAUGCAGUCCUGGGGCACGCUGCAGAAAAGGCUAGCUUGGUUCAUUUACUGGAUUUCCUUGGUAUGAUUUUUCUCACAAUGAUUUGGGCCAUUUGUCCACGAGACAGCUUGGCAGUUUUGGGCCAGUGGAUACAGUCAAAGUUGCAGGAGUACAUGUUUGAUCGACCAUACAGUAGAACACUGGAGGCUGAAGCUGACAAAGUUGGACUACAGCUGGCUGCAAAGGCAUGUGUGGAUGUAAGAGCUAGUUCAGUGUUUUGGCAGCAGAUGGAGUUCUCAGAGAGUCUUCAUGGCUACCCCAAGUUGCCAGAAUGGCUGUCGACACAUCCUUCUCACGGGAACAGAGCUGAGUACUUGGACAGACUCAUACCACAGGCUCUCAAACUUCGGGAGGUCUGCAAUUGCCCACCACUCUCUGGACCGGACCCUCGGUUACUGUUCAAACUAACUGUGAAGCGUUUUCUUGAAGACUCGGAGAAAGAGGACAUAAACAUCACUGUCAAAAAGCAGAAAACGGAUGCUCUCCCCAUUCAGAAGCAGGAGCAGAUACCACUGACAUACGUACUUGAGAAAAGAACUGCAGGUUGAACUGAAGUGGGUGCAUCUUGGGUUCCAUGAGGAGCACAGUGAACCUUUUCCUUAUUAUGCAACUUUUAAAAAUGAUGUUUUCAAGGAAAAAAAAAUGAAUGUUCAAAGGCCAAGUCACUUAUAGAUAUUAUCUGGAUUUUUCUAGAUUUUUAUCUUUCAUGAAAUAUUAAUGUAUUUCAACCUAUUUUAAAAUACUGCCAAUGAGGAAAACGUCACAGAAUAAACUGAUGUUAUGCAUUUC